CAUUAGAUAAAUGAAAUGACUUUUUAAGUGAUACCACUAGGAAUAAUUAUAUCGUCUCAUCAUUUUUGAAAAGUUAUUGCGACACUGAAACUGGAUAAAGGAAAUGAAGACUUUUGCUAUUUAUUUUGUUUCUUUUAUGGUCAUCAUAUUCAGACUUUCUGCUGGUUCCGUAAAAGGUCAAGAUGGGGUGAAGUCAUCGAAAGUUAAAGAGGACUGGGAGGACCACCCCAAGCAACGCAAGCCUGACCACAAUGCCAGAAAGGUAAUAGAUGAAUGGGACGUUGCAGCGAAGUGCUGUCCAAACUGCCAGAGCGACUGCGAGAAAUCAGUUGAGCGCCGCGACCCCAAGUUCUACUCGGCUGUACAGAUGGUUAACGUUCUUGCGGAGCACCACAAGGGAAGGACUUACAUCCCCUACAACAGCACCACCUACCCCGGAGAUCCAACAUGUCCUUGCCGUGCCUUCACCUACAGCAUCUCCUCCAUCGAAGGCUCCAAACCAGAUGAUUCCGAUGAUGUGCGCAAAAUAUUCCGCAUAGAACCUCACACAGGCCGACUGUACCUCGAAAAUCACGUGGUGAUGGGUCCAAAUGAAAUGUACGUUCUUACAAUCACCGUGCGGAACCGGUUAACCGGUGCAUCAGAUGAGAUGACGCUCUCACUCAGCUCCCCCAAGCGGAUUACCGACAUGUUCUCACCUUUCGAGGGCGAUAAGAAUGGAUUCGAGGGGCGCGUGUUUGAUGACGUGAACGAGGGGCGCGAGUUUGAUGACGUAUUGAGUGUGAACUCUGAACCGCACAGUCGUCAUAGAAGAGCUGCAUACACACCAGUGCCAGACGUGACCUUUAACCUGACCCAGCUGAACAGUGUGACCGAGAUUCGAGUCGGGUCACGUGUCCAGUUUCAGCUGGAGAUAGAGUUUCCCAAUACUACUGUCGAUAUGUUGGUCGAGCUAUUCGCGCCAGACGACAAUGUCACCGUCAUGAUCCUGGAUGACGUCAAAGUUGUCAUUAGCACGAAUCUUGACCACUCUUACAAUGAUACGCCGGUACUUGAAUCGAUGUAUGGUAAUAUCUACCAGCCUGACCGAGCUAUCUUGGCAUUCGGAAACGUCUCGAAAAUUGCCGAUCCAGCGACCCGGGACGACAUGCUAAUCACGAUCACGUACGAGGCUGUUAUGAUAGAAAACAAUUUCACCGAUAGUGGGACGUACUGGGUGAGCGCUGGUGCAGAGUUCCUACAAGAAAGCUACAUCUGGGUUGGCCAGGCCUCCUUCGAUGCCAUCGUCGAUGGAAACAUGACAGUGGAUACGCUCCCCGAGUUCAACGUCACCAUGCCAGUCAAUAUCGCUCUGGGAACGAGUUUUGAAGGAACUAUUGACAUGUUCAUACCCUUCCCCAUGAGAGAUUACGUUCUUCAGAUUUUCACGCCCGCGGACGAGGUUGGACUGAUGUCAGUGUGCUGGGUUCAGCCAACUUUCAGCGAGUCGGACUUCGGCCCGAACUUUCAGUGCGGAAACAAUUAUGGCCAGGUGACUACUGGGUUAAAGGAGGAACAACAAGCCAUAGGGAAUGCAGUAGGAGAAGUUAACUUUGGGAAACUGUUAAACAAAGGUUCAAGAGACGAAGUCCAUGUGCUUUCUGAAAGUCUUAUAUCCGUGGACUUUAUCGCCCACCUGUAUCCCGACGCUACAAAGGUUGGUCAAACAAUUGGCCUCGGGUUUGCACUAGAAGUGGACUCCCAGAACUUCUGGGUAGGCAAUGGGGAGUUCACCAUCUCGGCGGCAGCUACAACUGGACUGUCCAAUCCAACUCUUAACUCCGCUACACCAGGAAUAGACCUAACUAGUGCGACCAUAGGCGAACCGUUUUCAAUCGUUUAUAACAUCUCCGUCCCAGUGUCUGCAGUAGCUUCCCAUUACGUAUUGGAAGCCCUUGCCCCACGAAAUGCCACUGAUUUCCCCAUUUUCUCAGUGUGCUCCCUGAAGGUCACUUUUAUCGGCGAAAAUAUGCCUUGCCACAGAACGUCUGAAAUGAUCACAGAGUUUUCGUCGGUUGAUCCAUUGUCUAGUGAGCCCGAUACCGCCAAAGUCGAUAUGGGCUACAUAACCAACUUGGGGAAGUCUCUAGGACCUGACUCUGGAGACAUUAUUGUUGAAGCCGUGUUCCGACCAUUGGCUGACAGCCCGGAUGCAGCCAUAUCCAGUUCUCACACCGUGACUUUCGGGGUCUCCGUGGGCGGAAGUUUUAUCAACAUAUUCGACAGUACCGUUACUCUGACUCAGAAUCAAUCGGUUCUUCCCAUAUCGAACCUGACAGCUCCUAACUUCUUAAUGGAAUACUGGAACGGUAUUGACGAUAUCAAUGUGAACGGAAACUCGCGCAUUGACGUCACCAUGAUGACUUCACGUAACACGACAUAUGACGAAUUCGAUAUGGAGUUCAUCAUGCCGACCAGUACAGAUACAUCGUUGAUGCAUGUGUGCCGAGUUGAUAUUGUCAAAAACGGAAAGAACAUGCCCUGUAUGUCACCAGAGUGGUAUAACAAGAAAAUGCAAUACCUUUCCCAGUUUAAGGACAAAUACAACGAUCGGGCAAAGCUGACCUUGGGGAACAUGUGUAACGUCGAAAUGAGCACCAACGAUACAGAAGACGAGACGAUGUUUUCUAUAUAUUUUCGGAUAAAGGACGUCCCAGAGGUGACCGACUUGUCGUCCCACUAUGUAUCAACGGGGCUUCUCUACUCCAGCACCCAACUGUGGGUGGGGCAGCUUAAGGUCGAUGCCACGAGGGGAGUCGAAGUUGGACCUUCUGUAUCCUUCGGCGUAUACAGCCAAAAUACAAGCUACAAUCCGCUGCCUGGAGGUCUCGCCAAGACUGACACAAUAACUCUCAAAAUAAACCGCUCCAGUUCAGCGGAUGUGACAGUAGUGGCCACUUCCCUUGACCCCAAUCUUCACAUCUGCUCUGUGCGAGUAGUCGCUGCAGGUCUUCAUAUGCCCUGUAUAUCAGACUCUCUUGUAACUAGGACAACGACGUAUUGGCCCGGAAACGUGGGUUUCGAGUCUGUCACUGCUUACCUCGGCCACAUAACAAAUUACGGCGACUCUAGUGGAGUUAUGACUUCUAACGGCCUGAUGGACCACGACUCGGUACAGAUAGAAGUGGUAGUCCGUGCAAAUCCUAACGCCGUGCCUUCAACGUACGGCUAUACUGCCACGGCUUACGUCAACACCGCUAAGACGAGCGCGCUCAGCUGGUCCAUGUCCGUCACAACAACUGAUAGCUAUGUCUCUAUUACUCAGAGCGAGACACACGGCCCUGUGAGCGCAAGCAUGUCCAUGGGGGAGAUAGCUGGGGGAGACAACUCUACUGACGUCACAUUCGGGGAGGUCAGAAAGGUCAUGAUGGACAUCGUUAUCCCGGAGAAUUCCGAGUACGAUAUAGAGGUCUCUUUCGGCAUACCUUCAGGCGACGUAGGGAAGUUGGAGAUAUGCGACGCUGCAAUUGUCUCUGCGGGAGCCAAUGUGCCGUGUGUCGAUAAGGACAUGGACCCGCUUCUGACGUCUUUAGGAGGGACAUACUACGACACCGCAACAUUCGCUCUGAGCUACGUGUGUUCCAAACCUAUAUACCCUGGAGACGAGGAAGAAAAUACGGUGAGGUUUGCGGUAUAUGUUCGCGUGGUACCGAAUGGUUUGGCGGCGGUAAAUGACGUGGUUCAAGUGUCGGGCUCCGUUAGGACGUUUACGUCGACCGUUACCGUUGGUACGUUCAGCCUUACUGUGGCGGACCUUGUAAACUUCGUAGACAAAUAUUCGCAAACAGCCGUUGUGGCUAAUACAACCCUCAUCAGCCUGUUCCCUCAGCCAAACGUUAUACCAAUGUUGAUUGGUCAAAACCUAACGUUGAACGUGACGGUAACCAUUCCAGCCUACUCCUCGUCCAAAUUCCUCUUUGACGUCGAACUACCGACAGACGGCACGUCAGCGUGCAUGACAGUCAACGAUGUCAGAGUUAUUGGCUCGCCAGGGAGAAACGUGUUGUGCGUGGAACCAUCAGUCAACGACAAGGGGGUUGUCUACACACCCGCGUUUAAUGAUACACUGGGAACCGGACAAAACACUUACGUUUUCCUCGAUGUUGGCAUUGUAACGAAUACGGGUUUAACGUACACGAGGAAAGCGGAACAGCAGGGUGAUGAUGACGUCAUUCUUGAAGUUGACAUCCAAAUGGCUGACUGCUCUCUCAGUUCACAUGGAGCCAUUCACAAACUGUCGAUCGGAAAUAAAGUGGCCAACUACAUCUUUAUUUACGACCACGAUGUGGAAAUUGACAGAGUCGGAGAUGAAGAGCCACGAAUAUUCGUGGAACUUAACAACAGCAUUGCUUCUACCAGUUCGUCCUGGAUAGUUGAGGGCGUGGCCUACCACCUAAACACCUCCCAGGCUGAAGGCAUCAACACCAGCAUCGUCCUACAGUUCCCCACGUACAUGAUACCACAGACUACUUUUAUAGCUUCAAUCAAGCCCAACUGCGACAUCAUAUCAGACAGCGGAGACCCAGCAAUACUUGAAAUUUGGUGCGACCGUUUCUACUUCACUGACAUCUACACGUUCACCGUGCGCGCUGACGUCAACGUUACAGCGUUUGUCCCGGUGGGCUACAACGUUGAUCCUUCUAUCGCUUACUGCGAGGUUAAGACCGAGUUUUUAAGUGCGUUCCACCAGACUGCAGCCAGCGAGCCCUGGUUCCCUGUGAUAACAACCAACACGCAGUCUCUCGAGAUCUCUGGCAUUGUGGCGGGCGCCGGAGCAAGCUGCAACACUGCUCUUGGCAUGGAGACAGGGGCUAUAGCGGACUGUCAGAUAAGUGGCUCGGACACCAAAAACGUUGGCACCCAUGUAUAUGCAAGACUAAACGGAGGAGCUGGUUGGGUCCCGUACGUGCGUGAUGGUGAAUUUGCAAGCAUGCGUUACGUGAGUGUUUACUUUGGCAACGAGACACAAUUGACGGCAAUCGACGUUCAACAAAAUCUCGGACGACCGCACAAGGCUACUGAGUUGACCUUGGAAUAUACCAACGACGGCCAAGCCUGGUUUGGGGCUGAAAAGCUAUCCCUCGGACCCGCACCCGCUGACCUUGAGAAACUCUACACGAGCGGCACGGUGGCCAGAGGUGUCCGCAUCUUUAUCAGUAACGACACAGCCCUCCUCCAGAAACCAAACGUUGGCAUCAAGUUUGAGCUCUAUGGAUGUCUUCAGUCCUCUGACAUGACGGCGGCAGCCGCUUGUCAGGUUGUCGCCGGGGAUGCAACAGUUAUACCUACAGAUUUCAACUACCGCAGCUUCAUUGAGAUGUCCAAUGGGGAGGUCGUGGUUUGUGAUCGGAAGGUUGACCGUGCUCGAUAUAUUGGGCAAUGCUAUAGAAGUGCUUCAGUCGGCACACGGUUUGAAGCUGUCGAACCUAACCUCGCAACCCUUGUUGGGAUUGAAUCAUCUCAGAACCGUGUCUACGGAUAUGCACAAGACAAAACGACCGUUAUGGUCUCCGUAGAUGACGGUGUCACGUGGCAAGCUACCAUGGCAACGGUGCUUGCUGCCGACAAGCUUAUGAUGGACUGGGCAGACGCCAUUGCUGUACCAGAGACUGAUGAUGUUAACCUGGAUCAGGUCACACCGCAUCUCGCAUUCACUCAAGGGCAGUGGGGUGCCACCUACACUGGCAUGCACGUUGCUGGAACGAAAGUUCUGGAGUGGUCGUCAACGCAGUAGAGGCGCGGCUCCGAUCAUCAUGUGCCGGUUUUACUUAUUAAGACAAUGUUAUCAUAUCAGAAUGCCAAAGAAGAGUCUGCGUGUUGGACGUUUCUUUUUUGUUUCAACUAUUUGAUUGCAACGAAUGAUUUAAUGCUUGCAAGUGUUUGUACAGUAUUACAGAGAAAAUGGUCAUAUAUUUUCCUAGUAACUUUUAAUCCAUGGUUUGUUGAAAUGUAGUCACGCUGUCUCUCAAAAUUUACCACUCACCGGAACAGACAGAAAAUUGUUCGUUUUACUUCUCUUAUUUUUUCCAAAAUUUCUCAAAAUUAUAAAACCAAAUGAAGCAUUCUAUCGUGUGUUAUUGUCAUGGAACAACGACCACGUAAAAUUGGUCAGCAUUUUUAUGUUUUUUUAUUCCAAGGAAUAUUAAUUGCAAAUUUGGAACUGUUAUUGUUAUUAAGUCUUAACUUACCGUUUUAAUUGAAUGUCCUUUCAAAUAUAUUAUUGUUUCUUCAGCUCUGUGAUAUUGUCUUUUUACUGUUUUGAAUUAGUGAU